AUGGAGGCAGCAGGCACGCGCAACCGCUCCUCCGCGCGUCACGGCGCGGCGGUGGCGUUCAGCGGGAGCGUGCGCCGAUGGCGGAAGCAGUGGACCGCCGUGGGGCCCACCCGCCGCCUGCUGGUGCUCAGAUGGACGCCGCAGCCCCCCCGCCCAACAGUCUCAGCCUGUCCCCUCUUCCUCCCGACCCCGUCUCUCCUUGCUCCCCAGGAGGUUCGGUUACUUGCCUUGCAAUCACCUGGGGGAGGGUCGAGAGGUGAAGCAGGAACGAACAUGGGGCUUGGUGGUGCAGUGAAGGUCGCAGCACAGGCACCGGGGCACGGGGGUGGGGGUGCUGGUGGGGGCGUAGGGAUGCGUGGGGGAGGGGAGGGGGAUGGGGAGGAGAAUGAGGAGGAGGAGGGUGGAGAGGGUGUUGGGAUGGCUAUAGAUGUUGAGAAAAGGGAUGGAGGGGGAGGGAAGGGGGGAGAGGGAGGGGAAGAGGAGGAAGAAGAGGUGGAGGAAGAGGAAGAGGAGGAGGAGCAGGAGGAGGAGGAGGGAGGACAGGAAGGGGAGGAGGAGGAGGUAGGGGGAGAGGAGGACGAGGAGGAGGAGGGAGGGGAGGGUGAGGAACAGGAAGGGGAAGAGGAGGAGGAUGAGGAGGAGGAGGAAGAAGAAGAGGAAGAGGAAGUGGUGGGUGUUGAGGGCUCGACUCCUAUGAUUGAUGAUACUGAAGUUGAAGAGGAAGCAGAGGAGGUGGAGGAGGGGGAUGAGGAGGGAGGUGAGGAGGGAGAUGAGGGUGAAGAGAACGAAGGGGAAGAGGAGGGGAAUGAGGGUGAGGGAGGGGAAGGGGGGUUAGAAGGAGAGGAAAGAGGGGAUGGAGAGGAGAAUGAGGAAGGAGUGAUUGGAGAAGAGGAAGAGGAGGAAGAGGAGGGAGAGGAGGGAGAAGAGGAGGGAGAAGAGGAGGAAGAGGAGGGGAAUGCGCAAGAGGGUGGGGAGCGAGACGAGGAGGGAAGGGAUGAAGGAGAUGAGGGGGAGGAAGAGGAGGAAGGGGGGAUGGAGGAGGAAGAGGAGGAGAUAGAGGAGCAAAUAGGUGAUGAUGGGAUGGGGGAGGCUCAAGAGGUGGAGAAUGAUGAGUAUGAGGGAGAGGAGGGUGGGGAUGAAGAGGGUGAGGGAGGAGAGGGGGAGGAGGUGGGAGACGGGGAGGAGGAAGAGGGAGAGGGAGAGGGGGGUGAGGAGGAAGAGGGGGAGGGGGGUGAGGAGGAAGAGGGGGAGGGGGAGGGCGAGGGAGAGGACGGAGAUGAGGAGGGAGAUGAGGAGGGGGAGGGAGAGGAGGAAGGUUAG